AUGUAUAACAACCGCUCCCACCUCCUCGACCAAGUCCCCCUCACAGUCUCCCCCUUCGUCUCCAUCCCAACGGCAACAACGCUUUCAUACAACUACAAGGCCAUGCCCUCGGCGCUCCCGCCCUCGAUCCUCGGCAACCCAUCCGCGACCCAAGCGCCGCCAACAGAAGACGGCACCUCGACACCCCAGCAGCCGGCCCCGAAACCGCAGUACAUCAUCUCCCAGUCCGGCCACGCCGCGCACCCCGACGACAUCAUCGCCUCGUGUCGUGCGUUGCAGGCUCACAUAACGCGCAUGCAGGAGGACGCCGAGCGCGAGCUGCGCGAGUUCGAGGAGAGGGUCCGCGCGCGGGACCUCGCCGAGAAGCGCAAGGUCGCGCCCGGCUGGCUCGACAGCGAGGCCAGGAUACUGGAGCCCGAGCGAAAGGGCGACGCCGCCGGUGACGGCCAGCCGAGGGGCGGCGAGGUCGACAUGCUGUCGGGGGACGCCAAUGGCGGACAGGGGCCGAGCGAGAUGGGCACCGACCAGGGGGCCGAGCUGGAUCGGUACUUUGGGGGUCUUAGCAUGAAAUGA